AUGAUUCCCCAGCGAACAUUCCCAUCUGAAUAUAUGACUAUUCUGCAUCUGAUCCUAUCUCCAGGACCACAUCCCACCCAAAUACCUGAAAACAAACGGGCGCUUUGGGAUCAACGGGAGUCCGCCGGUAAGUGUAUACGAUAUCUCGACCACAUCGUCGCAAAUGUGCUCGAAUACGAUAUCGAACGCGAUUUCCCUGUCGAAUCAUUCUCGUGGUUAUUACUGGAGGACAAGUGUGAUUUCGACCUAAGAAAUCCGGAUCGAGCUUGA